AUGGCCUCCUCCCGCCGGUGGUCCCGUGUCUUCCUGCUCGCCUCGCUGGGCGUCGCGGCCGCCUCUGAGCUCCAAGUGCCUCUGGCCCCGCAGGGGCAGCAGAGGCCGCUGGACGCCGUCGAUGCCGAUUUCCUCGCUAAGCCGCUGGUCGACACCGACGACCUGCAGGCCAGCAUCAAGAUCGAGAGUCUCGUCGAGCGCGCCAAGGAUCUCUACGAAAUCGCGAAGCGCUCAGAGCCCGAGUUCGGACACCCGACCCGGGUCAUCGGCAGUGAGGGUCACACCGGCACGUUGGAGUACAUCCAGUCCGCCCUGGAGCAGCUAGGCGAUUACUACACCUUCGCGAAGCAGCCGUUCCCAGCCGUCAUGGGCAAGGUGUACGAGUCCCGCCUGGUCGUCGGCCACGAGGUCCCCGAGUCAGCUUAUCCGAUGUCGCUGACGCCCCCGACCCCUGACCGAGAGCCUGUGUACGGUAAUCUCGUCCUCGUGGCGAACGAAGGGUGCGACGCGUCCGAUUACCCGGCCAACCUUGCCGGCGGCGUCGCCUUCAUCCUCCGCGGCACUUGCCCCUUCGGCACCAAGUCGGCGCUGGCGGGCAAGGCCGGUGCCGUCGCCGCCAUCGUGUACAAUUACGAGUCCGGGGCCGUCUCCGGCACGCUGGGGGACCCUACCCCCGACCACAUCGCCACCUUCGGCCUGUCCGGCGAGGAGGCCCGCCCCAUCGUCGAGAAGCUGAAGGCGGGCACGGCCGUCGACGCCAUCGCGUACAUCGACUCCGAGGUGAAGAAGAUCGAGACGACCAACAUCAUCGCGCAGACCAUCGGCGGCGACCCGAACAACUGCGUGAUGCUGGGCGCGCACAGCGAUAGCGUCGCUGAGGGGCCCGGGAUCAACGACGACGGCUCGGGCAGCCUGACGCUGCUCGAGGUGGCGACGCGGCUGACGAGCUACCGCGUCAACAACUGCGUGCGCUUCGCGUGGUGGGCCGGCGAGGAGGAGGGCCUGCUGGGGUCUGACUACUACGUGGCGGUGCUGCCGCGCGAGGAGAACCUGCGGAUCCGGCUCUUCAUGGACUACGACAUGAUGGGCAGCCCCAACUUCGCGUACCAAGUGUACAACGCGACCAACGCGGCGAACCCGGCUGGGUCCGAGGAGCUGCGCGACCUGUACGUCGAGUGGUACACCGCGCACGGCCUCAACAACACCUUCAUCCCCUUCGACGGCCGCAGCGACUACGACGCCUUCAUCCGCAACGGGAUCCCCGGCGGCGGCAUCGCCACCGGCGCCGAGGGCGUCAAGACCGACGGCGAGCAGGUCCUGUUCGGCGGCAAGGCCGGCGACUGGUACGACCCCUGCUACCACCAGCUCUGCGAUGAUGUCAGCAACGUCAACCAGACCGCCUGGCUGGUCAAUACCCAGCUUGUCGCCCACUCGGUGGCUACUUAUGCCAUAUCGUUCGACGGCUUCCCCGCGCGAUCCGAGGCCAAGGCCGCGAGCGCGGACGAGCAGCCUGCGAAGUACCACGGACACCGUCUAAGAUUGUAA